AUGUUUACCUUCAGUGAAGAAGAAUUGAAUACAGGAGCUAUUCAUUCACAUGAUGACUCAGCAAAUAGUAGUCCUUCAACAUCAAGUAUGUUGACAACAACAACACAAAACGUAGGACGACCACAAAUAAAACGACCGUCGUCAUUACUUGUAUCAACGCCACCAGAACUUGUUCUACGCGAUACAACAAAUGCCGAAAGUAAAUCAGAAAAUUCGCCGAUAAAUAGCGUGCAAAAACGACAGCAAAAAAAGAAGAAACGCCGAACAGCUAAUUCAUAUUCGGAUAUAUCAUUCAAUGAUAAAUAUAAAUUAACUGAAGAAAUACUUGGAACCGGUGCACACGGAGUUGUCAAGACGUGUCGCGAUCGAAUGACAAAACAAGAAUAUGCGGUUAAGAUAAUUAGUAAAGCGCGUCAUCCGAAUCGAACGCGUGUAUUUAAAGAGAUCGAUAUUUAUUCUCAUUGUCGUGGUUGUGAAAAUAUUCUAAGCAUAAUUGAUUUUCUUGAAGAUGAUGACUAUUUCUAUCUUGUCUUUCAAAAAAUGGAAGGCGGACCAUUACUCAAUCACAUAAUGAAACGUGGUCGUUUAACAGAACGUGAAACUAGUUUAAUCGUACGUGAUAUUGCUAAUGGUCUCAAUUUUCUUCAUUCCAAGGGCAUGUCACAUAGAGAUUUAAAGCCGGAAAAUAUCUUAGUCGAACGUGCCGAUUCAUUAAUACCGAUAAAAUUAUGUGAUUUUGAUUUGGGUUCAGCUAUUCGUCUCAAUAGUAAUAAAACAACACCGAUAUCAACACCGGAAUUAUCAACACCUGUCGGAUCAGUGGAAUUUAUGGCUCCGGAAGUUGUUGAUGCAUGGACAAGUCUGGAAGGUUCAUUGCAAAUGUAUGAUAAACGUUGUGAUUUAUGGUCACUUGGUGUUAUUAUAUAUAUAAUGUUAUGUGGUUAUCCACCAUUUUAUAGUUCAUGUGGUCAUACAUGUGGUUGGACAAAAGGUGAAGAAUGUGAACAAUGUCAGAGUUUAUUAUUUGAACGUAUACAAGAUGGAGAAUUUGAUUUUCCAGAUAAAGAUUGGAAAUAUAUAUCGAAUGGUGCAAAAGAUUUAAUAAAACGUUUACUUGUACGUGAUGCUUCAUUACGUUUAACAGCUGCUGAAGUUCUUCAACAUCCAUGGGUUAAAAAUAGUUAUGAACUUGAUGAUGAACGUCCAUUAAAUACCCCAGAACUUUUACAAAGACAUGAUAGUAUUCGUCGUUUAGAAUCAUUUACAAAAGAUGCAUUAAGUAUAACAAAAAUGAUUGAAGAACGUAAACGUAUGGUGCAUUAUCGUUCACAUAGUACUGAUAGUUUACAUCAACGAAGUCGAUCAUCGUCUCAUGACGAUGCUGAUGAUGAUGAAGAUUUUAAUGAAGUAACACCUAAUGUAAAUAAACGACGUAUACGAAAGAAGAAAAAACAACAACAAACAAAAAAUCAAACAAAUGUUGUUGAUGAUGAUGAUGAUGAUAAUAAUCAAAAUUUUGAAAAUUUAAGACGCAGAUUAUCAAGUGCUACGAUGACAUCAGGUGAAGAAGAUAUUGGUGGUAGUGAUGACUAUUUUGGUUGUAGUUAUAAAACAGUUAUUCAUCGGCCAAUACCAAAUUUUUAUUUGCCACAAACAGAUAAUCUACCUCAACAAGCACCUCCAUCACAACCACUACCGCCACCACCACCACCACCAACACAAACAAUAGUUCUUACACCAACGCCAUUAAUACCAGCACCUGCAUUACCUAUUGUUAUGCUUCCAUCACCACCAAUCAAUUCUCCAAUACAUUAUCGGGCUCAUACAGAUACUGAUCUUGUUUAUUAUCAACAUCAACAUCAGCAACAACAACCUCAACCAAUGUAUCAUCCAACUAAUUGGUAUCCACCGAUAUUUAUCUAUGGGCCACCACCACCACCAUUUGUUAUGCAUCAAGCAUCACUUCGAAGUUCAUCAGUUGAUUGUCGUCGUACGGCAAAUAACAUAAAUGAACCUCAUGUUAUGCGUCCGGAAAGGGUUUGGUGA